GGCGCUUCAGUCGAACUCCAGAGUGCAUCGAGGAAUGACAUGACGCGCAGUCGCCGCCAGUGUUUACGUAAAACGUCUGUCUUUGAAAUCGAAUCAUAAAUAUGGAGACGGAAAGACAGAAAUUCUACAAACAUAAAAUCAAACGAAUCAGUAUUUCGAACAAGGAUGAUAAGUCUUCCGUAAUUGAUGAAAGCGACACUAGCAAAUCUACAGUAACAAUAUUAGGAAGUACCUCUUAUCAUAAACAAGUCAACGAUUUAAGUAUUAUUAAUUCCAACAACAUAGAUCAACAACCUGAAACCUUGUUUGGUGACCGAAUCGAUUUAAAUUAUGAAUCGAACUUUUAUGCCAAUACUGUGGAUGAGGUGACAAACAUGACAGAUGAAAAUAUACCUGAUGAUUUGAAUGACCGUGAUGUAAAUAUUAACGAAGUAACGAUUGAAGUGGAACGAGAGUAUCAAGAAGAAAUAGACAAACCUGAAGUAACGGAAAUAGAAAGAACCAUUAGUAACGACAGCCUUCAACCAACUAUUACCGAUAUCAUACCUGAAAAAGAUAUGGAUAUAUUGAGAAAAUCUUUAGAAGAUGAUAAUUUGGAUGACAAUGUACAACUAAUUCAAACAGCGGAUGAUAAUCCAAUACGGAAAAAAAACAAACGGGUUGGAGUGAAAAAAAGCUACGUUGAUUUUUUAAGUGAAGAUGACGAUUUUGCCUGGGACUCAACGUCGUGGAGAGAAACAGACGACUCUUCAAGUGAUCAAGAUGAUCAAGUACCAACGAAGAAAAAGAAAACAAGCAUAAAAGAUGGAAAAGUGGGAGAUGCAGGAUUAAAAAAGAAAAGAACAAAUAAGAAAAAGGUACGAAAGGAUGCUAGAUCAAAAGGCGUUCAAUAUGUUAAGGCAGAUGGUUCAAUUGUGAAAGAAAGAAAUAUGAAACCGAAUCCUUGCUUAAAAAAAAACUGUCCCUACAAGUGUCAAGAAAUAACCUCAGAAAAAAGGAGUGCCAUAUUUAAACAUUUUUGGGAAUUAUCUCCGGAAAGAAAAAAGCAGUGGAUAAUAUCUAUGUCCUCUAAGCAAUCCAUAAAAAGGAAGAGAUCCAAAGACUCUAAUUACAGGAAUAGCACAUUCUGUUAUUUCAUAAAUGAUGGAGAGGGUCGGCGACAAGUUUGUUUAAAGUUCCUCAUGAAUACUCUUGAUGUCACUCAAAGAUACAUUUAUUAUACAUUAACAACACAGGAACUUGGUAUGGCGAAAGAAGAUGGAAGAGGAAAAUGCAUUCCCCCCAACAAAACAUCUAACGCAAUCAAAGAAUCAGUAAAAUCUUUUAUCAAAAGGUUACCUGCAAUACCAUCGCACUACUGCCGAAAGGAUAGCACAAAACUAUAUCUGCCUGUUGAAUUUAAAAAUAUAAAAAAUUUAUACCGCUGUUAUAAAGAAGACCUCAUUAGUAAAGGAGUCGAUGUUGUAAGUGAAAAAGUAUUCCGUCAAAUAUUCACUACUGAUUUUAACAUUGGGUUUCAUGUGCCUAAGAAGGAUAAAUGCAUAAAAUGCCUACGUUUUGAAGGACAGAAGCCAGAGGAUUGUGCCAAAUUUCAAGAUCAUUUAGAGGAAAAGAAGGCAUCAAAGAAGCGGUUAGAAUGUCAUCGACAGUUAGGUAAAGAAAAUCCUUCCAUUCUGUGCACAUCUUUUGACCUCCAGAAAGUUCUCAAUACGCCUCAUGGCAAUAACAUGUUACUAUUUUAUUCUAGAAAGUAUGCUGUUUAUAAUUUAUGUUUUUAUGAAAGCAUCACAAGGAAUGGUUUUUGUUUUAUCUGGGGAGAAUCUGAAGCAAAGAGGGGCGCAAAUGAAAUUGCUACUAUUAUACAGAAAUACAUAGAGAAUGUGGAUUCUCGAGGUACCAUUACAUCUUUGAUCUUGUAUUCAGAUUCUUGCCCUGGACAAAACAAAAAUAAAAUAGUCCUUGCAACAAUACAUAAUGCUUUGUUGCAAUCGAACAAUUUACAAGCAAUUCAAAUGAAUUACCUUCUCCCUGGCCACACGGAAAUGUCGGUAGACAGCAUACACUCUACAAUCGAACAAUCCGUAAGAAAUAUUACUGUAUGGGCCCCUUCGCAAUGGGCUACAAUAAGCCAGCUAGCAAGAAAAGAACCAGCACCUUAUAAUGUUGAAAAUCUGACACACGAGGAUUUCUUAAAUUUUGAUGAUAUGUCUGAAAAAUAUUUUAAGGGUAACCUUGUAGGUAAAAUUAGUAAAAUCCGUACAGCAACAUUUAAAAAAUCUCAUCCAAAUCAAAUGAAAGUAAAAUUUUCAAUGAAAGAUAAUGCAUCCGAAGAGAUUAUACAAAUUAUUGCGAAACCUAGAGCUAUCAAUCGUAGAUAUAAUACAAGUUUGCCGAUUACCAAAGCCAAAUACAUGGACCUAAAGAAAUUGUGUGACACUGGGGUUAUACCCAAGAUAUUUCAUAAAGAAUACAUAAAUCUACAACACUGCAAUUCCAAAGAUGUUCUACUGGAUACUGAUGUAGAAGAUACAGUCGAAGAAAAUGAUUAUUAAAUACGUUCUUUCUUAUUGCAUUAUGAUUAUUAUCAAGCAUUGGCUGUAUUUUAUAAUUACUACAAGUUUUGUUUAUUGAUUUGAUAUUUUUUAUUUUGUUUUUAUUAGUUUAAGUUAUAAUUAAACAAUAUUGGUUGUGAUUAAUUAUAGUCUUAGUAAGUUUUAUGACAGCCGAUCUCAAGUAAUAUUGAAUAAAUAAUACCUAAUUAUAGUUGAUUUUCCUACAUUCAGACUGAAUUUACUUGAUUAAUAUCACAUCAGUAAAAGUAAUAAUACUUUAUAAUGUACAAAAUACUAAUACGUAUUAAUACUUUAACUGAUGUGAUAAUAAUCAAGUAAAAUCAGUCUGAAUGUAGGAAAAUCAUGUAUAAUGAAUUAAUUAUAGUUGAUUUUCCUACACUCAGAUUGAUUUUACUUGAUUAUUAUACGAAAUAUGAAUACUUUAACUGAUGUUGUUAAUUAAUAUGUUGUAUAUUAAUCAAGUAAAAUCAGUCUGAAUGUGGGAAAAUCAACUAUAAUUAUUUAUUAUAUUAUUAUAAUUAUAGAUGAUUUUCCUACAGUCAGACUGAUUUUACUUGAUUAUUAUACAAAAUAUUAAUAGUUUAACUGAUGUUGUUGAUUAAGACUAAAAAAUAAAUAAAUAUGAUUGAUGUUCCCACAUUGAGACUGAUCUACUUAAUUAUUUUUCUAAAUAAAUACUUUAACUGUU